GGAUGGUGUUGAGGAUGCUAAGUCAUGGCGUGUAGAUGUGGAUCUUCGAUCGAUUGCAGGGUCGAGGGUGGUGUUGAAGUCACCAGCAAGUAUAACAGGAGCAUCGUUUGGCAAGUGUUAGUGAAGGGGACACCACCACCAACCCUUGAUCUGCCACCUGAUUGUACUGAUGUUGUUGUGUCAUCUGCAGCCUUUGCGGUGACGUCUGUUGUUGCUCCAUCAGAUGAUGUGCUAGUUAUUGCAGUUCCAGGUACUGUUCCUCUAGCCCUUUCUCCACCCCCUGCUUGUGUAGUCGUAGCAUCAUUUGUUGCUCAAGUUGACCAUGUUCAUCUUGUGACAGCUUUUGUUGUGACAGCUGAUGUGGCGGUUGUUGUUGCACCACCUGUUGUUGUGCCAGCUGUUGCUACAUCAGGUGUCGGUCCGCUUGCCCUUGAUCAUCCCCCUGAAUAUGCAGUUGUAGCGUCGGUUGAUGCACCAGCUGGCUAUCUACGUUUUGUGGCAGUUGUUGCUGUGGUAGUUGUUGAUGUGGCAGAUGUUGUGGCAUUUGUUGUCGCUGCAGUGGGUAUUGCUCCACAAUCCCAUGCUUUGCCUCAUGUUUAUGUUGUUGUUGAAGUGUCCCUAGACAUGGCUCCAUCCUCCCUUGCUCUGUCACCUCUUUGUGCUGUUGUUGUAGCAUCAACUGCUGCCCCAGCUGACUCUGCUCUUCUUGAGCUUGAGAACACUGUUGCUGUGUCAGGUGGUGUGGUGACAACGGUUGCUGGUGAGACUGUCGUUGAUGAGCGGUUCUGACUACCUCGUCAUGUUCGAGCUCCAGCAACCGAACCCGCU